AUGAAGUUCUGCGGCGCCACCAUCAUUGCAGCUUGCCUUGCUGGCACUGCCAUUGCCAUGCCCACCAUGGCAGGUCCCAUGUUCAACAACAAGCAGAUGGAGCUGAUUGAGAUGAUCAACAACAACCGCGUCAACAUCCCCAUGGACCAGAAGACUGCCGAGAUGCUCGACGGCCUCAUGGACAUUGUCCGCUGGCAGCAGGCCGGCAUGCCCGCGGUCGGCGGCCCCGCGAGCGACGUCGCCGCUGCAAAUCCCACCAGCGCCAUGAGCGCUGUUGCUUCUGCCGUCCCCACCGGCGCCUCUGGUCUCCUCGGCGGCGUCGAGUCCGCCUUGUCUGGUGUCCUCGGCGGUCUCGGCGGUGCUGCGUCUGCCGCUCCCACUGGCAGCAUGACCGCGAUGAAGCGCCAGCAGAGCGCUACCACAUCCUCCGCCGCUGCUGAGCUCACCGGCGCUGGCAUGAACAUGGACGACAUGGGUGACAUGGACGCCAUGGCCGCUGAGAUGGAAGCUAUGGCCGCUGACGAGACUCCCGAGAAACUCGCCGCCCGUGCGCCUCCCGCUGCUGGCGCUGCUACAAGUGCCGCCAUGAGCGCAACCCCCGCUACUCCUACUGGUGCUGGUCCUGCCCCAGCGACCACCAGUGCUGCCGGAGGCGCUGACUGUAUCUUUAAGAUCAUUCCUAUCAUCGGCCCCAUUCUGUGCGGUGGUGGUGAUGCUGCCAAGGGUGCGACUGGUGCCGUUGGGGGUGCCACCAAGGGUGCCACCGGCGCUGCUGGCGAUGCUGCCAAGGGUGCGACCGGUGCUGCUGGUAUGGCCAAGAGAUUCAGCGGUGUUGUUGGCCAGGAAAUUGGCAUCUAA